UUGAAUUAGCAAACGGAUCAAAACAAGGUCGAACAACAUCAGAAAUUGCGACUUUUUGGAGCAAUUUUUAUUCAAUAAAACCCAAAAAUUGCUCAUUAAUCUCCUGUUGCGUUAAUUCACGUGCAAUUUGGACCAAAAACCCCACGAACGAACGGUAAUUUCACAACGCAAAAUCACCAUCGGAAACAUUUCUGUGAUCAAAAAAUGGAGCUCCUCGAAGGAAGUUCUUCGGAAUCGACCGUGACAACGGUAAAAGACAGUCGCGUCGUGCAAGAAUCCGAAGAAACGCGAUAUUGCUGGGUUUGCUUCGCCACAGAUGAAGACGGCGAGUUGUCGCCAUGGGUUCAGCCAUGUUCCUGCAAAGGUACCACUCGAUGGGUGCACCAAUCGUGUUUAUCGCGUUGGAUUGACGAAAAGCAAAAGGGAAAUUCAUUCAAAAAGGUCGCUUGUCCCCAAUGUCAGACGGAAUAUAUCAUAGUUUUUCCCUCAAUGGGCACUUUGGCGAACGUUCUCGAGGGAAUUGAUGCUUUGGUGCGUCGCGUUUCGCCAUUUUUGACUGCUGGAUUGAUCGUUGGCUCGCUCUACUGGACUUCCGUGACUUAUGGAGCGAUUACAAUUCUACAAGUCGUCGGAUAUCACGAAGGAUUGAAGAUUAUGGACAAUACCGAUCCAUUGUUGUUGUUGGUAGCAUUACCCGCUAUUCCAGUUUCACUCGUACUUGGUCGCAUGAUUCGCUGGGAAGACGUCGUUUUGCGUUUUAUUCAAGCCAAAGACAAUCGCGCUCGAAAAUUUCCCUUAAUUAGUUUGAUUUUGCCCGUAGCUGAUGACGACGACGUUUACACAAAUGGCGAAAUUCCCCCAUCCACAGAUCCCGUCAGUCAAACGUCAGAUCCGCUCUCCGUACCGCGAGUUUUGUGCGGCGCAUUGCUCCUGCCGAGCAUUUCGUCGAUAAUUGGACACGCUUUCUUCGAUUCCGUGCAAAAUAAUUUGCAUCGAACACUUUUGGGAGGUUUAGCGUUCAUCGCUUUUAAGGGAGCCCUUAAAAUUUACUUCAAGCAGAAGCAGUAUAAGCGGAAAAAGCAACGCAAAAUUCUCGAUUACACCGAAGAAAAUGUGCGUCAAUUCGCGUCGCGACAAGCUCCAUCGAUGGCGGCGACAAAUAACUUGAAUAACGGCGCCCGGAACUUGGCAGACCUCCAAUGGCCCGACAAUUCCUAAGUUUUUAACGCAACAUGUCAGCAGUCACGCAUACAAUUUUACUUUUAAACGAUAUAUUUAUUCAUGAAUUCUGUAUUUUACUGCAAAUGAACUAAAAUUCAGUCAAAA